UCUCUCUCUCUCUCUCUCUCUCACUCUCACUCUCACUCUCACUCUCACUCUCACUCUCUCUCGUCUUUCUUGUUUCUUAUUUGUCUAUAUCUCUCUCUAUCCAUCUGUCCUUCCGUCCGCCCUUAUCUUUCUCACAUGCCUCACAUCAGACACACAUGCUCAUCUCACACGGGCACACCGUUGUAGAGACACCCCAUUUCAGAGAACGGAGAAGUCAUUUACUAGUCCGGUUUCAUUCUCUCGCUCUCUCCUCUUCUCUCUCUUGCUCUCUCUCCCUGCUCCCCCGUUCUCUUCUCCUUUUGGAAUUCCUGCUCCUCUUCUGUCACAGCCACCCUCCGCUCGAGCCCUUCAGCGGGGUCCCUGCGUCAGGAUAGACGGUAGACUGAGAGGCCGUGGCUUGUGACAGACUGUAACCUGUGGUCCCAGCGAAUCAGAAGUGCCCCCCGGCAGGCUGGCCACACCCCCACCCUCCUGCCUCCAUGUAUCCUGAAUCUACCACAGACUCCCCUGCCCGCCUCUCCCUCCGACAGACUGGCUCGCCAGGCAUGAUAUACAGUGCUCGCUAUGGGAGCCCCAAAAGACAACUGCAAUUCUACAGAAACCUUGGCAAAUCUGGACUGAGGGUAUCCUGUCUGGGCCUAGGAACAUGGGUGACGUUCGGGGGACAGAUAACGGAUGAGACGGCAGAGCAGUUGAUGACUCUGGCCUACGAGAACGGCAUCAAUCUGUUUGACACGGCCGAGGUUUACGCCGCUGGAAAGGCGGAAACCGUGCUGGGCAACAUCAUAAAGAAGAAAGGUUGGAGACGCUCCACUCUGGUGAUCACAACAAAAAUCUACUGGGGCGGAAAAGCCGAGACUGAAAGAGGGUUGUCCCGGAAACACAUCAUAGAAGGUUUAAAAGCCUCGUUGGAAAGACUGCAGUUGGAAUAUGUGGACGUGGUCUUCGCCAACAGACCGGACCCCAACACCCCGAUGGAAGAGACAGUGCGGGCGAUGACCCAUGUGAUCAACCAGGGCAUGGCUAUGUACUGGGGAACAUCUCGCUGGAGCCCCAUGGAGAUCAUGGAAGCGUACUCCGUUGCCCGGCAGUUCAACCAGAUACCCCCGAUCUGUGAGCAAGCCGAGUACCACAUGUUCCAGAGGGAGAAGGUGGAGGUACAACUACCUGAGCUCUUCCACAAGAUCGGUGUGGGGGCCAUGACAUGGUCGCCCCUGGCCUGUGGCAUCAUCUCAGGGAAGUACGACAGCGGGGUGCCAGCCUACUCCCGCGCCUCACUCAAGGGUUACCAGUGGUUGAAGGACAAGAUCCUGAGCGAGGAGGGUCGCCGUCAGCAGGCGAAGUUGAAAGAGCUGCAGGCAAUCGCCGAGCGUCUGGGCUGCACUCUGCCCCAGCUCGCCAUCGCGUGGUGCCUACGGAAUGAGGGCGUCAGCUCUGUGCUCCUCGGAGCCUCCACCACAGACCAGCUCAUGGAGAACAUCGGAGCCAUACAGGUCCUCCCCAAGCUGUCAUCUUCCAUCACCCAUGAGGUGGACAGCAUCCUGGGCAACAAGCCCUACAGUAAAAAGGACUACCGCUCCUAACGGCCAGCGGCCCUCACGCCGCCCCGCCCCGCUCACAUGCGCCGGGGGAUGACAACAACCAAGAAACACACACACACACACGCACACGCACACACACACACACACACACACACACACACACACACACACACAAAAACACACAUCUUUGCCUGAUCCUCUUGUCUGCUUGAGCUUUUACGGAAUGAGGCCCUUGGCGCAUGAGUCUGGUCCAACGUCGGCCACCCCAGGGCCCCUGUUCCGCCCCCGCCCCCCCCCCCCCCCCCCCCCCCCUCCCCACUCAUAGAUCUGGUGGAGGAUUCGAUGAGACGAACUGGACAGAGAUACAGGGUGGGUGGGUGGGGUUUGUGUGCAUGGAGGCAGGCUCCAGUGGGAAAGGGGAUGGGGAAUUGAGACGCGUUUGAACAUUAGGGGGAAGUUAGGGACUUGAGCUCAUAGUACAAAUCAGUUACGUGUUCAAGAUAGCUGAACAAAAGCAUUAAUAACUGGCAACA